AUGAACAGUGGAUGGAACAAGGGCGAUGGAGAUGCAGCAGGAGUGCACAGGGUUCAACAAGAUGGAGUGUUGGGAGAUGCUGUGCGUUGCGUAGUGAAUCCAAUGUCCAACCAAGGUGGCCUGUUCUCGCUCUCGGCGCUGCCCUCGAGCACGAGCCCUCUGGCGCGCGAGAGAGUGAGUGUCUCGUGCACGAAGCCAUGCGCGUUCACAAAGGCGCUGAUGGCGCCCUCCGUGCUCAUGCACACCAUGUCACUGCGCCGCGCCACCCGACACUGCCUCUCACAGAGGUGGGCGGCAGACAGGUGGGCGGCAGACAGGUGGGCGGCAGACAGGUGGGCGGCAGACAGGUGGGCGGCAGACAGGUGGGCGGCAGACAGGUGGGCGGCAGACAGGUGGGCGGCAGACAGGUGGGCGGCAGACAGGUGGGCGGCAGACAGGUGGGCGGCAGACAGGUGGGCGGCAGACAGGUGGGCGGCAGACAGGUGGGCGGCAGACAGGUGGGCGGCAGACAGGUGGGCGGCAGACAGGUGGGCGGCAGACAGGUGGGCGGCAGACAGGUGGGGGGCAGACAGGUGGGCGGCAGACAGGUGGGGGGCAGACAGGUGGGCGGCAGACAGGUGGGCGGCAGACAGGUGGGCGGCAGACAGGUGGGGGGCAGACAGGUGGGCGGCAGACAGGUGGGCGGCAGACAGGUGGGCGGCAGACAGGUGGGGGGCAGACAGGUGGGCGGCAGACAGGUGGGGGGCAGACAGGUGGGCGGCAGACAGGUGGGCGGCAGACAGGUGGGCGGCAGACAGGUGGGCGGCAGACAGGUGGGGGGCAGACAGGUGGGCGGCAGACAGGUGGGCGGCAGACAGGUGGGCGGCAGACAGGUGGGCGGCAGACAGGUGGGCGGCAGACAGGUGGGCGGCAGACAGGUGGGGGGCAGACAGGUGGGCGGCAGACAGGUGGGCGGCAGACAGGUGGGCGGCAGACAGGUGGGGGGCAGACAGGUGGGCGGCAGACAGGUGGGCGGCAGACAGGUGGGGGGCAGACAGGUGGGCGGCAGACAGGUGGGCGGCAGACAGGUGGGCGGCAGACAGGUGGGCGGCAGACAGGUGGGCGGCAGACAGGUGGGCGGCAGACAGGUGGGGGGCAGACAGGUGGGCGGCAGACAGGUGGGCGGCAGACAGGUGGGCGGCAGACAGGUGGGGGGCAGACAGGUGGGCGGCAGACAGGUGGGGGGCAGACAGGUGGGCGGCAGACAGGUGGGGGGCAGACAGGUGGGCGGCAGACAGGUGGGCGGCAGACAGGUGGGCGGCAGACAGGUGGGCGGCAGACAGGUGGGCGGCAGACAGGUGGGCGGCAGACAGGUGGGCGGCAGACAGGUGGGCGGCAGACAGGUGGGCGGCAGACAGGUGGGCGGCAGACAGGUGGGCGGCAGACAGGUGGGCGGCAGACAGGUGGGCGGCAGACAGGUGGGCGGCAGACAGGUGGGCGGCAGACAGGUGGGCGGCAGACAGGUGGGCGGCAGACAGGUGGGCGGCAGACAGGUGGGGGCAGACAGGUGGGCGGCAGACAGGUGGGCGGCAGACAGGUGGGCGGCAGACAGGUGGGCGGCAGACAGGUGGGCGGCAGACAGGUGGGCGGCAGACAGGUGGGCGGCAGACAGGUGGGCGGCAGACAGGUGGGCGGCAGACAGGUGGGCGGCAGACAGGUGGGCGGCAGACAGGUGGGCGGCAGACAGUGCUGAUGGAUGGGGCUGGGCUGGGAGAGGGAAGAGAAUAA